AUGAACGACACGUUUGAGGACCCACACAAGCCCCCACCGUCGGCCGUGGUUCACGUUCGGGGAUUGUCGGUCGCAGCCCUGGGGUCGGACCUCGUGCAGACCCUGCAGCCCUUUGGCGCAAUCAAAUACGUGGUGAUCAUGCCCAAGAAACGGCAGGCUCUGGUGGAGUUUGAAGCGCUAGAGAGCUCCCGCAGCUGCGUCAACUACUCGUCCACGCGCCCCGUCUACGUGUGCGGGCAGCCGGCCUAUUGUAACUUCUCCACCAGCCAGAAGAUUUUGUGGCCUCGCAGCGCCGAGGAACGCCAGAAGAGGAACCACAUCCUGCUUUUCACCAUCUUCAACCCCAUGUACCCCAUCACCACGGAUUUGCUUUACACCAUUUGCCACCCAUGCGGCCCUGUGCAUCGCAUUGUGAUUUUCAGGAAGAAUGGCCUGCAGGCCAUGGUGGAAUAUCCUUUUAACCAGAUCCCAUGAAUAUGCUAAACUCCUCUUGAUAUGCACAUUCUUUUGUUAAGGUGCUCUUCUUCCACCUCCAACCCAGCGUAUAUAUAUAAGCUCCAAGCUUGGCAGUGUCUCAUUCUUCACCUGAAGACGGCUGCUUGCGUUGUAGCCGAAACGUCGUGAGAAUUAUUUGAUUUUAUUAUGUUUUAUUUUUAUAAUUUU